GGUCGGACGCCGCUAUCGCGCGCCGCCGAUUAUGGGCACGAGGCCAUCGUCAAGCUGCUGCUCGAGAAGGGCACCGACGUCGAGUCCAAGGACAGCAGGUAUGGUCGGACGCCGCUAUCGUGGGCCGCCGCUUAUCAGCACGAGGCCAUAGUCAAGCUGCUGCUCGAGAAGGGCGCCGACGUCGAGGGGAAGGACGAAGAUGGGACGACACCGCUAUGGCGGGCCGCCGGUAGCGGGUACAAGGCCAUCGUCAAACUACUGCUCGAGAAGGGCGCCGACGUCGAGGCAAAGGACGAACGUGGUCGGACGCCGCUGUCGUGGGCCGCCAAGAGGGGGCGCAAGGCCAUCGUCAAGCUGCUCCUCGACAAGGGCGCCGACGUCGAGGCUAACGACGAAGAUGGU